ACAUCCGUCGGUAUCAGUAGCUAUGCACAUCAAAACGGAACGUCAGGUCAUCCUGAUCGGGGCAAGGCAGGUGGUGGGUGGGGUCCGGCUGCCUGCAGGCCAGAGGCUCCCGCCCCUAAGGAGCUAUAUGGACGACAUCACCUGCCUGCUACGAACUGCCCCAUGCACAUCUAGGCUGCUCAAGAGGCUGGAUGAGCUUAUCACCUGGGCCAGGAUGAAGUUCAAGUCACAAAAGUCAAGGAGCCUCUCAUUGCGAAAGGGAGAGAGAACUGACACCUUCACAAUCAGUGGGGAAGACAUCCCCCGCAUCGUGGAUCAGCCCAUCCGAAGCCUGGGAAGACUUUAUACAUCUGGUCUCUCCGACAAGGAUAUGGGGAAAAUCAUCCUCCGACAGCUUUCAGAAGGCCUGUCCAAGAUCGACGCAAGCCAGCUACCUGGAAAGUAUAAGGUGUGGUGUUAUCAUUUCACCUUGUACCCAAGGGUGAUGUGGCCUCUGAAGCUGUGCGAAGUCACCUCAUCAGCCGUAAGCCGAAUGGCAAAAGCCAACUCCUUCAUCCGCAGAUGGCUCGGCCUACCACGGUGCUUCUCAGCUGCUGGCCUGUAUGGAUGGAAUUCACUCCAGCUACCCCUGAAAUCCAUCACCUUGGGCUACAAGCAGGAGAAGGAAAGGCUGGUGAUGGAGUUAAGGGACUCCUCCGACAGGGCUGUGGUUGAUGCAAACGCCAGAGUUGAGACUGGAAGGAAGUGGAGGGCCAAGGAGGAGGUGCAGAAAGUGAUGGGAAGACUGAAACAUCAACAAGUUGUGGGCAUGGUACAGACACGGAUGGAACGAUCCACCCAUCCUAUGGUCAAAGGCAAGCAGGAAGGAGAGGAAGGAUCUUGUUGUCGCAGAGGUCACCAGGAUUGAGCAGGAAGAGCUCAGAAUGAGGUCUGUGGCACAGGGGCAGCAGGGGGGGUGGACAA